AGGGCACCGAGCCGCUGAGUGUUUCUCCAAGCCGGCACCCAAGGCGACCUCUACCGGAGGAAAGAAAGCUGAGAAAAUACCCACGAGAGCCGGCAAAACCACCCUGAAGGGAUAAGUUGUUGAAUUCGCUCCUCUGAAACAGGGUGAGUUGGGAACUCCAACCAUCGCCGACGACAGCGAAACCGACUCCGACUCCGACUUCCUGGUGUAUCCAUAAGUGGCAUAGAAGAUUGGGGCAUGCCAGUUUCCGUGUUCUUAGGAAAAUGCAGGAGUUCGCAAAAGGUUUGGAUCUAAAGCGGUGUAAGGUGUUUUUGGACUGUGCUGUCUGCAAAAAGGCCAAAUCCAAAGCAGCAGCCAUUCCAAAACGUGCUAUACGCCUGUCAACACGCAUUUUUGAUUUGGUACACACUGACAUAGUAGGUCCUUUUACGCCAACACUUGGUAGUAAAAAAUAUUUUCUAACAAUUGUUGAUAAUUACUCUAGAUAUGGAUAUGUAUAUCCUAUGAAAGAAAAAACUGAGACCUUUCAGAUCUUUAAAGACUUUGCUGCUCUUGUUUAUACUCAACACGGAGUUAGCAUCACCAGAAUUCAAAGUGAUCGUGGUGCUGAAUUCAUGUCUCAGCGGUUCCAGGACUGAAUGCGUAAGAACGGAAUUCUUCAUCAGACCUCGGCCCCUUACACACCGGCUCAUAACGGGGUGGUAGAAAGGUGACAAGCGGUCCUGCAAACCAUGAUGCGUUGUCUCCUAGAAGUCGGCAACCUCAGUAUCCCAUACUGGGGUAAAACUAUUAAAUAUGCAAAUUACAUUGUCAACCGUACUUGUAGUGUAAUAAAUCAGACUCCUUUCUUCAUGUUGUAUGGGUACAAGCCCGAUCUCAAACACCUCCGUAUUUUUGGUUCAUACGCUAUGGUGAACAUUCCCUUAGCUCAAAGAAGGAAAGGAGGUCCAGCAGCAAAGAGAUUGAGAUUUAUGGGUAUUGAUGACAAUUCAAAAUGGAGCAAAUUUAUUGACUCUAAACAUGUAAUAGUGAUUUCCCAAUCCACUAAUUUUGAGGAAGAUGCUGACUGGUCCAGGAUUCAUUCCAAUGAUCCUGCAGUUUAUUUUCCAAGAGAUGCUGCUGAUGCCACAAAGUAUGAUGAUCAAGAUCUACAGGCGAAUGUUCCAGCCACUAGUUCUUCUCAACCUGAUGUUCCGUCUUCGCAAGCUGCCAAUGGUCUGAAACAGUCUGGUUUAAUGUGGUACUUAUGUCUUACUGACAAACUAAAUUCAAUGGGCUUUAUUAAGUCCGAAACUGAUGAAUGCGUGUUUACAAAAAGAUCUGAUAAUAUAUAUGAGAUAGUUCUGGUUUAUGUUGAUAUUGUUUAUAUUGAUCCAAAUAAACGGAUGAGUGAGAAUUUUGCUAAAGCUUUGCAGAGAUAUUUCACAUUGAAAUUUUUAGGUUAUGUUAACACUUAUUUAGGUGUUCAGGUUGUCAAAACUCAGAAGGGGUUUAGUCUUUCACAAGAGAAUAAAAUUAAGCAAAUUUUGCAUCAUUGCAACAUGAAAGAUGCUAAUACAGUACGUAUACCCAUGCAAACAGAUUUUCACAACUUGGCACAUGAACCAAGUCCUGAAUUCGAGGAUCAAACACUUUUAUCGUUCAGUUAUUGGGUCACUGUUGUAUAUUAGCAUUGGACUAGACCUGACAUUGCACUUCGUGUUAAUCUCUUGUCCCGACACGUAGGUAAGGCAAGACAGUUUCAUUGGACAUGUGUUAAGAAAUUAUUGAAAUACCUAAAACACACUAAAAAUAUGAGGCUAUUGUUAGAACCGACACAUACUGAUU